AUGAAGGUGUCGAUGAAAGGAAGAUACGAAACAAACAAAAGCAACGGCCCGGCCGUCGCCCUUGCAACGCUCGGUUUUAACGCCGGCGAUGUCAAGCUCCGAGCUUGCUUUCAUUCCUACAAGAGGACUGCUUUGGACGGAACCCUGGUGCUGGAUUCUGCUAACAAGGUGUCAGCUAAUCACGCGCUUGGCUCGAGAAAUUGCAAGUUGAAGUACACUUAUGUUCACGAAGGGGUGACAACAUUUGAACCGUGCUACGAUUUGGAGAAGAAUUCUUGGGAGUUUGCAGUGGCACGGAAGGUUUAUGGUGAUCAUGUGUUGAGGGGUUGGUACCAGACAUCGAGUCCAGUGUUGGGACUAGAGUGGUCAAGAAACUCGAAGCAGAAUGGUUCCUUCAAGAUUUUAGCAUCCGUCGAUUUGGCUGAGGAGAAAAAGGUGCCAAAACUAAUCGUUGAGAGUACUUGGAGUUUGGAGAUUUGA